AGGAUAUCCACCCGAGAACUACCUACUUCCAUGAAGCGAACUAGCUGAGAUUUUACUCCGGGGGCUUCUUUCAAUAUGAAAUUACGUCAUGUUCUCUUCCUCUCCUUCCAUUGUUCUAGACAAACGGCUUUCAUUCGCGCUCGUCUCUUUUCUCCCAUCAGUUCCGACAGAACCUACUAUGACUUCUAAUGGAGCGCGGGAGAGUUUGCUCGAUUCCACAAUCCAGUAGAUAUUCAGCCCUGGUAGGGUAGGAGAGCCCAUAGCCACAGCCUCCUUUCCGCCCGUCUGUGCGGGUAUUUGGCGGACGAGUCCUUCGCUUCUUACUAAUUUGAAGGACUGCUAUACCCUUCCGCUGCAUGGGGCAUCUGACUCUCAACUCGCUGCGUUUAGAUAGAGGGCGCAGCCUCGCAGCAGCACCAGCGAGAAUCAUCUCUGUAAGUAGUGGCAUUGUGGAUGUCCUCGUGAUGAAAAAGAUGACAGUGGCCCCCGCAACGCGAGGCAAAUCCGAGUUCGAAGAUUUGAGGACCUUCUAGAAGCUCCGGGGCUUGAGCUUGCUUCGGCUAUUUCGACAUUGAUUUCGCGUUUCUCGGGUUCCAAAAUUAGCGUCUACUCUGUUCCCCCAAACGACGAUUUACCAAGAUGCAUACGUCUCCUGUAAGGAAGGGUAACGUCAGGCAGGACACAUAGAGAGCUUUUCUCCAGGGCUCUGUUUCGCGAUCUUAUCCCCUUGCCAACUGAGGGGAGAGCAGGGUAUUUCCGCGCAAGAAGCCGAGACCGCGUUCUUGGAGUUCAGGCAGAAGCAUUUUCCAUGUACCCCUUUAAAUUAAUGACCAAAAACGGACUUUGCGCCCGCGUCUUUCAUAGGGACAACAACACAUUGAUCUGGCUGAUGGUACGCAAGCAAAUGAGGCUUGCUUCUCAGCAUAUGAGGAUGCAAUGCAAUAAUGGAGUACGGAGUAGUUAGUGGUCAAGAGGUGACAGGUUCGGCCGGUCUGCUCGGUCGUAUUCGGGGUCGGUGUUCGGCCAAGAGCAGCUUAUUGAAAGCAGCAUGGAUUCGUUUAUGCUCCUUGAGGUUGAUGUUGAAUAUUUUUGUGCGCGGGUAUUUUAUUUUAUUUUAUAUGAUUUUUUCUUUUUUACUAGCGGCGGCGAUUUUCGCAAAUACAGUGUACGGUACGUACAGUAUGUAUGGUACUGUACAUGUCCCGAAAUAUAUAACGCGUACUUACCGUAUUGUAUUUAUUACGGAUAGCGGAAAUAUAUCGCAGCUGGCAGGCACUCUUCAAUGAUUGCACUUCUUGCUCAUUUUGAAUGUGCAAGUACGGAGUGCAGUGCAUUGUCCACAAAAGUGUUUCAGUCGUCGAGCUGCAGGGAUACACUAAGAAAAGAGUGGCUUCUUCCCCGACCCCAAGGGAAUUCACUUCCGUUCCUUUUACUAACCUCAAGAUAUUUAACCCCAUGGGGAUAUAUUCUUUGUAUCUGAGAUACUUAUAUUUUGUUGAGAUUCACAUGGUUUCUAUCACCAUAGAUAUGAAAGAUUGCAACAGUUUGAGGCAUCUGUUUUUCAACAUGGCACCAGCUCCACUCUUCUCUUCACCUGGAGUUCAGCCGAUUCAGCCUCAAGCUGUUCAGAAGCAAGUUUGAAGCAUUGUGAGAUUUUCAGGCUAUAUACUUCACCGCAUCAGAGCAUGCCGCAGAAUGGCCGGUCCAACGGCGAUGUAUCGUUCACCCACCCAACAGCCGUUGCAUUCAAUCCAAGUGACCCCUAGGGGUAGAACAUCUGCUGCAUCUCGGUCCGGAAAACGAAUAGCUCGAAGCGUUCCCAGGUCAAUCUACUCUCACUUGGCGUUGGAGUGCCAUCAGUUCCUAAUCUCCAGCCAACCGUACCAAUCGUCCUUCUCCAUCGUCGUCAUUGGAUGAUGUUGCCGUUCAAAGAGAACCUUACCGCGAUUAAAUUAACUGCGUGGAACAACCCUCAAACCUGCAAUAGCAAGUUAAUGGAGUUGGAAAGAAAAUCGGUGGUAUAGAGCCGUGUCCAGCACAUCCCAUUCCAGACCUGUUUCAGGGCCUGCGAUGCUUCAUGCUCGCAAGAGCACCCACCUCCGACCCUUGCCCAUUCAUGGAACAUGCAUAAUCUACCAUAUUGGUAUUUAUAUACAUACCUCGUUCACAGCGGUUUAUUGGUCCUGCAUCUCAGAAACCGAAUCUGUGAUGACUUAGAGUGAUUCCUUAAAAAAAAAAAAAAAAAAAAAAAAAAAAAAAGGGCCCUACAACUGUUAUCAUCCCCGACGAGGUGUCAUGAUAUAGCUGCACGGAGCUUACAAGCUUGACAGAGUUAGUUCGCCCUGUCAAAACCUCGGCAUGCAUGCAAAUACAGAAAAGAACAAAAGAGCCGACAUUCGUGACUCAGAACUGUUCCGAGAAAAACCGAAGCUCUGUCAUUUCUGGUGCCGGUCAACCGUUUGGCACGAAAAGUCGGAAACGUACAUAGUACGGAGAGUACUUGAAUCUUUUUUUUUGCGAGCAGUGGUGGUGGAAUAUAGCGCACCCAUGUGAUCGUCUAAGUUUGUCAAAACUACGGCACACGGCACGCGGCACACGCAUGCCGAGAAUAAUAUGGAAUAAUAAUGAUCAUCUUCAAGGGACACGGAUAGUUUGUAGCAUAUCUGGUUCAUCCGGUGGGGGUGGGGCGGUGGCCUCUCUCCGCCAAGUUAAUUUUGUGUUUUGCAAAGACAUAAAAAUAAAGGAGGAAUAGGGGGGCAAAAAAUUGGGAAAAAAAAAAAAAAAAAAAAAAAAAAGAGUCAAGAUAUAUAAGUAAAGCUCGCAUGUGGCGCAUAUAUUAAUAUUGAUAUCUCAUAGUCUUCCUACCUCGCCCAAGGUCUCUACUCAGUCGAGCUCGAACAAAUCCUUGUCGGUAUCUAGAGCCGUCUAUCAGAGCCGCACGGUGGCUGCAAAAAAAGUGCAAAUCCCAAAAAUGGAAUUAAUGCUGCACUUGUUCCUCCCUCCCGCUGUCUCUGUUACACAAUACUGUUUGUUGAUCGUCCGUCCUCGGGUCGGCAUCCAGCGUGUGAUAUCCGUAAGUUAAUGUAAAUGAGCGAGAUUCCCUACUGCCUUCGGAUCGGAGACGGAAGAUCGGGUGCUCAAGAUCCCGAUACCCGAUGACAAAUCCCGAGAAAGCCCCGCCCAGCCAGUCCCGUGACCAGGAGCUGCGGAAGGACGUCAGGAUGUUUUUGGCCGCUAUCCUCAAGACAAAAACGGCUAUGAAGCGUCUGCGUUUGAUACGAUACAGAAAGAAAGAGAGAUCGUCGUGUCUGGGUUUCUUUGACAGCUGAAUAAUCCCCGCCAAUCGCCUCAAUUGCAACCAGUCCAAAUAACUUAAUCCUACGGCCUUUAACUAACCAACAGCUGCUGUCCAAGCCAUCUGCUAUCAUGGCGUCAUUGCACGGUGACCUCAGCCAUCUUUUACCACUCAAUUUCAAGCACACGAUUACUGCUUGGCUGGAGGAAGAUUGCCCCAGCUUCGACUAUGGUGGGUUCGUCGUUGGAGAAGCUGAAGGUGAAGCUAAGCUAUUGGGAAAGAGCAAGGGCGUAGUAGCAGGUGUGCCUUUCUUCAAUGAAGUGUUCUCACAGCUAGGUUGCACCGUUGAGUGGAAGGUCAAAGAAGGCGAACCGAUCGAACCGAUCACAGUAUGUGCUAUCGUUCGUGGCCCAAUGCGCAAAAUCCUCCUGGGUGAGCGAGUUGCGUUGAACAUCCUAGCACGAUGCUCUGGAAUUGCAACGAAGACAUCUACCCUCGUCAACAUCCUCCGUUCUCACUCCUGGAACGGAAUCUUAGCCGGAACCCGCAAAACGACACCCGGCUUCCGCCUCGUGGAGAAAUAUGGCAUUCUUGUCGGCGGGGCCGACCCGCACCGCCACGACCUCAGCUCCAUGACCAUGCUCAAGGACAACCACAUCUGGGCCUGUUACAAUAAAGGCCAGGUGCAGUCCGCAACGGCAGCGUCAAUAGCCCAAGCCAUCCCCACCGCCGUCGAGGCUGCGCGCGCCGCAGCGGGCUUCUCCACCAAAGUCGAAGUCGAGUGUCGCAGCAUUGAAGAAGCCCAUGCCGCCAUCUCUGCAGGUGCAAAUAUUAUCAUGCUCGAUAACUUCUCCGCAUCGGAGGUGGCCGGGGCAGCGAAAUUGUUGAAGGAUGAGUGGACGGCUAAGGGGAAACCGCGCGGUUCGUUUUUGGUCGAGGUUAGUGGUGGGUUGAAUGAGCAGAACGCGGCGUCAUUUGCGGCUGAGGAUGUGGAUAUUUUAUCCACUAGUAGUAUUCAUCAGGGGGUGGGAAUCGUGGACUUUUCGUUGAAGGUUUCUUUGACGUAGUUGGGCAUUGGAUAUGACAUGCUGGAGGAGAUAAGAUUAGAAUCUUGCGGCUUGUACACGAUUACAUUCUCCUUCCCAGAUGUAUUGCAGCACAUUGUCUCUGUUUGCGUGAUAUCAGCGAUCUAAAUACGUAUAUAUUCAUAAUUGUUAAAAAUAAAUGUAGCCGAAAGACGUACAAUAUACAAAGGAAAAGGCUCGCCCUUAUAUACUUUUAUUUUCAUCCAAAUAGUUGAUAGAAGGGAUGCUCCUUUUGCAUUCUAAACGAGAGGUCCAAAAAAACUGCGAAGAGAUGCAAAGAGAAACAUAGAAAAGGGUCGGACGUCAAGUAAUGGAAAUAAAGGCAAAAAAGUAUAUAAAGCAAAAAAGGAACUUAUACCCCGGAAAUAUAUAACGAAUGAGAAUAGAAACUUUGAAAACAUGGUUAAUUGGGGGGAAAAAGAAAGAAGAAGAAAAGAAAGACAAAAAGGGAACGUGAUAUGAACAUGACAGAGAGAGGAGUGGGGUUCCUUCCAUGGACACCAGCGAGGGCGGUAGAUGCAGGGGCGCCCGAAUUAGCAAGCACUCCGGACUGGCAAUCAGGGAAAUAAGAAAAGACUUAGGAGCAUUAAGCUCGCAAGAACAAAUGAAAUAUAGCAGGUCUUCGCUCGCCAGAGCUUAAACGACAAUGAAAGAAAACAAGUAAAUCGGAUCGUAUAGAGAGCGUGCGGACUGGCCGACAAAAUAGAUCGGCGCCAUUAAGGGAAUAUACCGAACAUCGAGGACAAGGGGAAUAACAAUGAAUCAUGAACAUGCAGUCAGCGCCCAAAAACCGUAGGUAAAAAUUGAAGAGGUGAUGACGAUAGAAUACUAAAGAUAUAACGUAGUAAAAUAUGCACAAAUAAAACGAAAGGGGUGUAAACAAGCGGAAUCUGCGAAUGGUUGAAACGGGCCUGUGAGAGUCGGCGCGGUUGCCAGGUCAAACCUGGGUUGAUACAACCAAUUCGCUGGGAAUAUUCGAUAUAUGUAGGCAGUAGAUGAUGAAAAUAGUUCACUAAUUUCGGCAGAAAAGCCACGUCCACCAAAUUUUCUUCGACCCUCCAGGCUCAUAUCUGUCGUUCAUAUGGCCUUGGGUUUUCAUUACUACGACGCCAUCAUCUCCUUCCUCCCUAGGCUGCGGGGGGUCGUUUGGAUCAGGAUUUGCCGCUUCAGAUAUACUCUUUUCGCGGUGGUCAGUGGAUGGUGGUGACUUGUGGCUUUGGUCCACGGUAUCCCGGGACUUCAUGCUCCGGAUACGUUUGGAGAUUGCGCUCCCCAGGCCCUGCCACUGGCUUGGUUUCUGCAAGGAGCUUUCAGUUGUUUCAUUAUUGUUAUUGUCCGUAAUUUCCCUCUCUUUAGCUGUGAGGGCUGGAGUCCUUGAGUGCGAAUCGGUCUGCGAUGAUAAAAUAAGGUCAGGAGAAAAUAAGCUCUGGGGUAGAGAAUGAGCUGCAAGAGAGGAAUGACCAGGUGUUCGUGGUCGAACGGGAAAUUGUUGGAGAUGAUGGCGACGCCGCGCUUCGAUGACGCGACGAACGAUUACUAGGAGCAAGUUAGUCUCAGCCGGCAUAGCCAUAGGGGCACGGGCGCAAUAUAUAUAUAUAUAUAUACAUAAUUAAACACUGUCUAA